ACAAGACUUGUGUACUGAACAGCACAUUCGUGGAAAGCUCUGCCAGAGAUGGAGACAUUGUUUUGGGUGCAGUUAUGCCAUUGUUUAACUUUCCCUCCCCGAAUCCAAAUACUUUUCGCAAAAAACCUAUUCCACACAUCUGCUAUGGGAUGUAUCUUCGAUACUACAGACAUAUCCUUGCUGUGUAUUUUGCUAUUAAUGAAAUCAAUGAAAAUCCCAACCUUCUCCCCAACAUUACCUUGGGGUAUGAGAUAUAUGAUUCCUGUUCCUAUGAAACUAAAGCGGUGGAAGGAAUAUUUAAAUUAAUGUCAAGGAAACAGGACGCUAUUCCAAGCUACCAAUGUAGUGCCAAAAAUGUCAUCGCUGGGGUCAUUGGUGAAUUUUUAUCUACUUCAACUUAUAACAUGGCACAAGUUACUGGGAUUUACAGGUACCCACAAAUUAGUUAUGGAGCACAAGAUCCAGUUUUAGAUGAUAAAUCAUUAUUUCCAUCCUUUUUCCGAAUGGUACCUAAUGACAAAACCCAAUAUGAAGCUUUUGUACAACUGUGUCUUCAGUUUGGCUGGACAUGGGUUGGUCUUGUUGCAGUGAAUGAUGAGCGCAGUGUGCAGAGCUGUGAGGAAAUCAAAACGGAGCUUAUGAAAAAUGGAAUCUGUGUUGCUUACUUUGAGAUUAUCUCACUGACAGUUCUAAAUGGUUAUCAACGUGCUGUUGAUACGAUCAGACAGUCAACGGCCAAUGUAGUCAUUGUGUAUUGUAGCGCUGUCAAUUUCUUUUCAUUUAUCUUCACUGCACAGCUCUCAGAGAUAUCUGCGAAAGUCUUUAUCAUACCAACGGUACUUUCAGCUGCUUCGGACUCUAUAUCCAAUUCUUUCUUUAGUGUAUUAAAUGGCUCGCUCCUGUUAUCAAUACAUAAAGGAGAGAUUCCAGGGCUGAAAGACUUCCUUUACAGUGUCAGUCCAUACACACUUCCCAAUGAUUACUUCACUGCAGCAACAUGGAACUCCGCAUUACGCUGUUUGCCUGUAAAUGCAACAGAAUUUAGGAAAAAAUUUGGUCCAGCUAGGAACUGUACAGGGAAGGAGACUCUAAAAAUAUUUGAUUCAUCAUACGAUGUCAACUCCUUCAAAAUAACCUACGCUGCCUAUAGAGCAGUAUAUGCCUUCGCUUCUGCGCUACAUGAUAUAUUUUCCUCCAUGCAAAAUAAAUCUGUGUUUAUGUCAUAUCUGAAAGAGACAUUCCAUCCUUCAAUGCUGAACAAAUACAUAAGAAAGGUCAAUUUUAAAACAAAAUCUGGUGAGGAAUUCUACUUUGUGAAUGGAAGUCCUGCAGGGCAAUACGAUAUUAUGAACUGGGUGAUUGCACCCAAUCAGUCUAUUAUCACUACUCAGGUUGGCAGCUUUCUCUAUACUGCACCCAAAGGGCAACAACUUUUCAUCAACAAAAACAAGAUCAUGUGGAAUGCAAGAUUUAACCAGACGCCACGGUCCGUGUGCAGCGAGAGUUGCCCCCCAGGGUACUGGAAAGCAACUCGGAAAUUAGAGCCUAUCUGUUGCUAUGACUGUGUCAGCUGCUCAGAAGGGGAGAUAUCCAACAGUACCGAUAUGGAAAAAUGUAUCAUGUGUGCUGAAGAUCAAUGGUCUAAUGAAAACAGAACUAUGUGCAUCUCCAAAACCAUAGAUUUCCUUUCUUAUGAGGAUGCUCUGGGCAUAGCCCUGUCAGUCACUGCUAUUUUCCUUUCCAUUGUCCCACUGGGAUUGCUGGGAAUAUUCCUAAAACACAGUGAGACGGCCAUAGUAAAAGCCAAUAACAGGGAACUAAGUUACAUUUUGCUUCUUUCUCUCUCCCUGUGCUCUCUGUGCUCCUUGUUAUUCAUUGGACGCCCUGUGGCUCUGUCCUGCUUCUUCCAACAAGCAGCUUUUGGAAUCAUUUUUGCAGUUGCCGUUUCAUCAAUUCUGUCUAAAACCAUUACUGUUGUUAUUGCAUUCAGUGCUACCAAACCUGGGAGCCGAGCAAGAAAAUGGGUAGGAUCCAGAGUAUCCACUUAUCUGGUGAGCCUGGGUACAUUUGGAGAAGCAUUAAUCUGCCUUAUUUGGUUUCUCUGCUCACCGCCAUUUCCAGACUUUGAUACAAGUGAAAAAUCUGAGAAGAUGACUCUAAAGUGUAAUGAGGGGUCAGAAUUUGCUUUCUACUGUGUGAUGGGAUAUGUUGGACUUUUGGCUGCUUUAAGCUUUGUUGUGGCAUUUCUAGCAAGGAAACUGCCUGACAGUUUCAAUGAAGCAACAUAUAUAACUUUCAGCAUGUUGGUUUUCUUCAGUGUAUGGAUUUCUUUUAUUCCUGCAUAUCUGAGCACCAAAGGGAAAUACACAGUGGCUGUUGAAAUAUUUGCCAUUCUGGCUUCUACUGCUGGGCUUGUAAGUUGCAUUUUUGCCCCUAAAUGCUACAUUAUAGUGAUCAGGCCUGAUCUAAAUACCAAAGAACAUCUAAUAGGUAAAAAGGUCAACCGAUAUAUUGUAGAGCCAGCCUGAACUAGAUUUAUAGACCUACUAAUUGUUCAUCGCUCUCUUCUGGAACCCCAUGAGAUUCA